AUUCUUGUUCUCUUUAUGACAUCACUUUCCAUAUCACCAAACUUAGGCCCUGGCAAGUCACAAGUGGGAGAGAAAUGUCUAUACCAAGAUUCCUAAAAGUAACAUAUGGACCAUAUGAUAAUUAUGUUCCAGUCAGUGAAUUAAGCAAAAAAUCAUGGAAUCAGCAAUACUUUUCCCUGGCAUUUCCCAAACCACCAAGGCCAGGAAAGAAACGGAGAUCACUACCUUCCCAAUUAAGCAACAAUACAGCUCCUGUAAUCGAUGAACAAAAGUUAGCAAUUCACAGACCACCAUUGUGGAUGCACCGUUCGCUGAUGAGAAUUCCCGAGAGACCGUCCGUUUAUUUAGCUGCAAGGAAGGGCCUUCCACUGAAACGACCUCAUUCUGGCAAGAAAGAAUCUAAAGAAGCAGCCUCACCCAAGCCUUUGCCUUCAGAAAAACCAAAGAAAGAAGAGAAAGUGAAAAAAGGUGAAUCUGAAUCAAAGGAGAAGACAGUGUUGAAGAUCGUCGAGGAAGAAAGUCCCAAACCAGUGGCCAAGAAAAGUUCAAAGGAUUCCCGGAAGGACAAGGGGUCAGCUUCAGAUUCCGAAGGGGAAAAGGCUGCUGGGAAGAAAGAGGCCAAAAAAGAUAAAAAGGAACCGAAGGAUAAAAGCUCAGCUUCAGAAUCGGAAGGUGAAAAGGCUGCUGGGAAGAAAGAAGCCAAAAAAGAUAAAAAGGGACCAAAGGAUAAAGGUAUAGCCUCAGAAUCCGAAGGUGAAAAGGCUGCUGGGAAGAAAGAAGCCAAAAAAGAUAAAAAGGAACCAAAGGAUAAAAGCUCAGCUUCAGAAUCGGAAGGUGAAAAGGCUGCUGGGAAGAAAGAAGCCAAAAAAGGAAAAAAGGGACCAAAGGAUAAAGGUAUAGCUUCAGAAUCCGAAGGUGAAAAGGCUGGUGGGAAAAAAGAGGCCAAAAAAGGUAAAAAGGAGUCGAAGGAUUCAAAAGGUACACCUGCAAAUUCAGAACCUGACAAGGCUGCUGAAAAGAAAGUAAGCAAAGUUGUUACAAAGUCUUCAAAGACUAAAGAUUCUGCAGAUUCUGACACUGAUAAAGGAGUUUCAAAGAAAGAGAGCAAGAAAGACUUGGCCAAGAAGAAGGAAGGUAAAAAAGACAAGAAGGCAGAGGGAGACUCAAAGGAGGAUGCUAAGAAAGACAAGAAGAAAGACAAGAAAGACAAGAAAGGCAAGAAAGACUCUGCAGGUGAUUCCUCUGAAUCAAAGAAGGAUGAAAAGAAGGCAAAGAAAGAGAAGAAGGCAAAGUAAAUCUUGGAUCAGAACUCAAACUAAAGGAAGAACUCCAAAGUAUAUUCAGUGAACCCACUUCAGUAGUCUUAAAAUGAGCUCAUGAGAUAAAAAUAGUGUGCAGCAAAUUAAUCAAAUAAUUUUUAAAGAAAAAACACAAGGUGAAAAGAAAAUAUAGUCAUGGCAUUUAAAAAAAUACAUAGGAUUAAUUGAACGAUGUGGAAGAUGCAGCUAUGGAGUUUUAGAAGUAAAAUCACUAGAGAGAACAAAGAAUAUGCAAAUAAGAAUAAAGCAGAAAAUAAUGAUAGGGAAACAAACAAAAAAUACCAAUGUUCAUCAAGGACUCUGAAAAUAAAAAAAAAAGGAAACUCCAAGAAGGCUUGAUACUUCUCUAGAUUUGAUAUGAAGCUGAGCUUGUACACUUAAAGGAGCACAGUGGCCAAGAGAAUCAAAGCAAUGUUAGAAAAUAGAGUUUGAAUUGAAUAAAUAUCCAAAAUGGCUUUAGGAAGAAAACAGAGAAGGAAGUGAGGGAAAGGAGUAAGGAAGACAGGAAGGGAAAGAUGUAAGAAAAGAUAAGAGGAAAAAGGAGCAUCAUUGUAGGGAGAAGAGAAAGAAAACCUUGAGUUUACAGGGCCAUCUGAGUUUAAAGACACCACAAGAUUGAGACACUUAUAAUCCCUGAAGAACAUUCUUGGCAUCUUCAAACCAAAAGGACCACAAACAAAACUUGAUAUCCCCACCAGAGACUAUUGCUUCCCAAAUCUUGAUGCUGCAAUCCUAAGCUAGGGCCUCUUCUGAAGCUGAAUGUGAAAAGGAAAGAAGAUGCUAAAAUGAGAGACAUAUCACCAGCUCUGCAAACAAGAAACAAAAACAACCACCGAAAUUUAAAAAGGUCAUUUUAGAAGUACAACAGAACCCUGGCAAUAGAGACACUGUAGAGUUCAGUUCAAAAUCUAUGAGAAUUGGAUGUAUUUUUAUAUUAACUCCUGAGUCUGAGAAUAGAACUGACAUUAAUAGAGACUUUUCUUAAGAGCAAGGAUGCACAUACCAAGACUACCAUGAAGAUGUGUUCAAUAUCGCCACUGUGGAGGAGUGUAACAUCUCAUUCUCUUGAUUAUCUUCAUGUCCAUGAAGUUGCCAGGCAGCUCUAAUUUUGAAAUGAAUGAAUUUUAACAUCAGAUGAGGAUAUCCAUUAAAAACAUCUCUCUAUGGAUAA